GUCAUGUCAUGUCAUUGUCAUUGACCGACUUAUCACACGUAGGGUUUCUAAUACGAUUAGUAUCUAAUUAUUGUUCAAUAUUUCACGUUAAUAUCAUUACGAGGGACAUAAAUUAGUCGCCAAAAUGUGGCUAGACGAAGCUGACGGCCUGACGGAGAUAUUUAAAGGCUAUUUGCCUUACUAUUUGCUUGUGGCUCUCCCUAUUUUUAUUAUCAUGUCCCCAGUGAACCCGGUGGCUGCAUCUCACGAAUUUUCGGUGUACAGGAUGCAGCAAUACGACUUGCAUACGAUUCCCCACGGGUGCCGGAGCGCCAGCUUCAACUUAGAAGGCCGCUCGCUGACAUCAUGGAGCACGUCCCGCCACUGUGUGGUGGCUCGCAUCCAAGACGUCAGCAUUGAGCAGUUCCUGGAGAUCAGGAACAAGGCUGGUGCACUUCUGCUGGUGCUGCCUAAGAAUGAUACUCUGAUAAGUGCAGAGGAAAAAGAGCACAUCCAGCUCCUAGAAAUGGCGAUGGUGCAGGACGAGAUCAGCGCGCCGGUCUACUUCGCUGAAUGGUCUCCGGCGUUCGAGGACAUCCUGCGAGACCUGCAGCACAGCUUCAUAACCGAUGACAAGUCCGGCACAGCGCUCGAGGCCAUGCUGAACACUGUGUCGUCUAAUGGCUACCAGAUUGUGGUGUCAGCCCCGGUACCGGCAAAGCUGGACUCCAAACCGGUGACUCUUCACGGGAAGCUGGUUGGACGCUCCGGGUCCGCACAGACCAUCAUCAUUUCAGCACACUAUGAUUCCUCAGGAUUGGUGCCCGAGCUGUCCGUAGGGGCUGAUUCCAACGCCUCAGGUGCCGUAGCGGUACUAGAACUGGCACGCAUAUUCUCUCGACUGUACGCGUCGCCGGCCGUACGCGGCGCGCCAUCUUUGCUCUUCGUACUGUCUUCAGCCGGACAUGCGCUGAACUAUGUGGCUACCAAGAAGUGGUUGGAAGAACAGCUGGACUCUACAGACGCUUCGCUGCUUCAGGACGUAUCUUUCGCCAUGUGCCUGGAUUCCAUCUCGUCAUCUCCAAGCCUUACUAUGCACGUGUCGAAACCCCCGAAGGCCGGCGCGGCGCACUCCCUGCAGACCAAGCUCGGAGCCCCGGUCACUCAUAAGAAGAUCAAUCUGGCUGAUGAGCUGUUGGCGUGGCCACACGAGAGAUUCAGUAUCAGGAGGAUGACCGCUUUCACAUUAAGCAGCUUACAGAGCCACAAAGAGCCAGCGCGCAGCACAGUACUGGACACACCCUCGCAACCGGCCCUGCACAACCUGGUGUCUAACAUCGCGGCGACUGCCCGCGCGCUCGCAUCGCACGUCUACAACCUCACCGGGGACGCCGCGCUGUAUGACGACGCCCUGAAUGUAGACGAAGCGUCGGUGAGACAUUGGUACAAGUAUCUGUCGUCGCAAUCGAGAGCACCGCAGAUAAUCACCACUUCGGCUCCUAGCGCAGGUGUGACAGGCGCAUUAGAACGCGCGUUAUCACGGUACUUGGACGUGACAGUAAGCGUGCACGCGGUGGACAAGCGUGAACCGGAGUACACGCUAUACUCGCCCACACGAGCGGUGCUCUACGUGUACAGUGUGAAACCAGCGGUGUUCGACCUGAUCCUGACCCUGGCCAUCAUCGCGUACCUGGCUGCGGUCUACUUCGCCAUCCAGCUGUUUCCGAGCUUCUACGAGGAAUACGCCAAGAUCGUCACCGGAAAAGCCAAAGUACAUUAG